GGUUCGAGAAUCACUUUUCCCUUGGUAUCGCCGGACUCCUCUUUCUCUCCGGCGGCAGCGGCAACCCCAGCUCCACCGAUGGCGGGAGCCCCCGACCCUCUGCAACCUCUGCCGCCGGAUCCAGUUACAGUUCGAGCGAUUAAGGAUUGCUACCGUGAACCGGGGCCAAUCAAAGGCAACGUUAAAUUAGAACCCUGUGAUGAUGACGUGGUCCUUGAUUUUGAUCACACAACAAUGAUGUUCCAGAAGUGCACGUGCCAAGUUGGUACCUUUAAAUUGACAAGAUUCAUCAAGAAGGGGCUCGCAAGUUCUAAGGAUUGGGCUCUCAACUACCAUUUUGUCAGUGCUUUGCGACAUCCCGCUGCUAUGCAAGUGGAGAAUUUCUUCCAUUCAGAGUGUGUGGUCGUUUCUGAAGUGAAUGGGUCGUUCGACAAAUGGCUGGGUACCAUGGAAACCGCAGAACUGUUCGAUGAAGGCGAUAUGCGCCCCAUCCUAAGAAAAAUGGUGAACCAACUUGCGGGUCUUGUGCAAAGUAUAAUUGCUUGGCAAAAGUGUCCCCAGGAUCUUUCAAUGGAAGACUUGUACAUCAAGCUGCUUCCUGGUGGUAUACCUAAGCUACAGGUGUUGAUACUUAAGGUUCAAAAUUGCAGCAUUAUAGCUGAGGAGCAGGCUUGGAAAAAUGUAAGGGAGAUUGUUAAAGAGUGGUUUGAACAGCAUGAUGUCGCUCCAAGCUCGGCAAGUGAAGACUUCAUCUCAUGUAUUGGGGUUCUGACAAAAAAUACUCAAGCCCUCUUGGAGGACCACCCGGAUGAGUGGGACAACAUGAAGAAAGGUGCAUUCCUCAUGGAAACGUACUCGUACUCCCGGCAAGUGUCUCGUAGGGUCAAUACAUCAGGAUUAAGGUGGCCCGUGGAAGCAGAUGGAGUAACUACUCCAUCGUUGCUGUCAGAUUUAAUUCGUCAUGGAGAGAAACACGCGAUGUAUGACAAGGCAUUCGCAAGUGACUACGUGAGGCUGUUGAGGAACAGCUACAAGCACUUCAAAGAUCUGCCAGAGCAUAUUAAGCAAAAGCUUGGAGGGAAUACAGAUGGACUUAUUCAACAGGUCGAAAAGUGGUCGCCUCGUAUCUGGCACAUCUUGUACGUGGCACUUCACAUGACCUGAUCGACCUAGCUGAUGUGUGGUUGCUGACCAAGAAGCACUGUCCGUCAUGUUGCUGCAUGGAAUGGAGAUGAAAUUAAGAGUGGCUUAACUAAUUAGAUAUACUAGAUCGCACUGGUCAUUGUAAUCCUAUCUAUCUAUCUAGCUAGCUAGCUAGCUAGCUAGCUAGCUACUGCUACUUUGUCUUGCUUGGCUGGUAAACAGACAAACAAACAACCAAACAAAGAAACUAGAGGAGGAUUCUGCUGCCCAGCUUGACGCGACAAACAACAAUGUCUUGUACUGGGACAUCUCCAUCUCCUGGGCCUGGCUACUGGUGGUACUAGUCGCUUGAUGGAUUCGUUUUUCAUUGAUUCAUGGUGCUCCCGGCAUGGCAUGGCUUCAUACUGGGGCGUCUUCUAAGUAACAAUGAAUGAAUGUAUUGUUGCAGCUGACUAAGAUGCGCUCUCUUGAAGUUUUCAUUUAUCUUA